AUGGAUGGUAGUUGGCAGCAAGGCAACCCCUACACGGGGAGUGGGCAGACACCGACCAAUCCUAUGAUGCAGCAGUGGGCUAAUUAUUACGCUGCAGCCCAAGCGAGCCAAGCAGCAGCUGCGGCCGCAUAUGCUGCUAGCAGUGGAUACUCUCAGGCAGGUUCGUUCCCGGCAACCUCCAUCAUUAACAGCGGGACGUAUGGACUGAAGCCUGUCAAGAAGUGCUUCCUACACAACAAGCAUAACAAUGGCUGUAAGAAAUGCCGAGAGUAUAAGGAAUGGGUAAAGCACGAGCAAGAGAUGCUGAAACAGCAACAAUCAUUGCUAACAGCUAACGUUAACGACACCAUCAUGGGAACAUUACAGCUGACUAACACUACCACCUAUAACUACCCACAGAUGUUACACCAGCAGCUUGCCAAGUCGGCGUAUUAUCAUUCGAUCCAACCAUUGGAUACUCCCGAGGCCAUCAUUGACGAGAUAAAGACGCGAUGCAAAGAUGCCGAGCCUUAUGCUCCUGGUUCCCAUACGGCACCGUCGACGAUGUUUUGUUGUUUGUAUCGGCUCUUCGUGAUGCGAAUCAACAGCAAGGUCUUGGGUCAGCUGAUCAACUAUCAUGGAGCUCCCUAUGUUAGAUCUAUAGAGGAGAUACCGCUAGGCAUGGUCGUGUUGAAAUCUGGAGAAAAUGAUGAGUGGGACGAUAGUGAAUGGUAUGGGGCUGAGGAGAGCUGGUAUGAUGCACCGGCUGGGGCACAGAGUUGGAGUGAAGACCGUGAUGCUACCGGCGCAUGGACUGACGUGGCAGAAGCUCACAAAGGGGACAGUAAAACUAUGGUUGAUCUAACUCAUCAUAAAACGGCCGGUAACUUUGACGAUGUGGCGUAUGAGGGUAUGAACGCGCUGGACAUUUACAAUCAGAGGAGACGAGAUAAAGCUAGUGUAUCGGCUACUAGUGGUAAGGGGUAUUGUCGUCCGGUACAGGGGUAUAGAAAUGCUCUAUCGCGGCCUCAUGUGGAGUCGGGUGCAUCGGCUGUAGUGCGACGAAGGAGUAGGUCUAGGAGUAGGGAUAGAGACUACUUGGAUUAUCAUGAGAGGAGUGGUAAGGGAAAAGGCAAGGGGAAGGGUAAAGGGAAGGGCCGUACGGUUAAUAGCAGACACGGCGAAGGUGUAGACUACCACUCUAGUGCUACUACUUUACGAGACCGAUCACCACCAAAGCACCAGGUGUCGGAGGCCACUAGAGCUAGGCAACAGGCUAUAGUGGGACGGUAUUCUGGUAUCGCGGAAACUGCUCAAAGAACUCGUCAAGACGCUGAACAACCCGACGUUGGUUUGUUGGGCUGA